AUGUCUGGUACAAAAAAUAUUAAUGAAUCGACUACUUGGAUUGAGGAAGCUGUCGACAAUAAACUUAUAAAAUUUUACGAAUACAAAGAAUUUAAGAAUAUUGAACAAAUUGGUGCCGGAGGUUUUGGAAAAGUAUAUCGUGCUAAUUGGAAAGAUUUAGAAAAACCAUUGGCGAUAAAAUCUUUUUUUGUUCUUGAUAACGUCACUAUGGAAGAAAUCGUUCGUGAGUUAAAAAAUCAACGUGAAGUUGACUUUCAUGAUAAUAUUAUUCGUUGCCUUGGAAUAUCAAAACUUGAGUCAGAAAAUAAUCAUAAUUAUUUAUUAGUGAUGGAAUACGCCGAUGGUGGUAGUCUUCGAAGUUAUUUGAAAAAAAACUUUAGUAACCUCACUUGGGAUGACAAAUAUAAUAUGGCGUACCAGUUAUCUUGUGCCGUAUCAUGCUUACAUGGUGAAGAAAUAGUGCAUCGUGAUUUGCACUCCGGUAAUAUAUUAGUCCGUAACAACACAAUCAAAUUAGCAGAUUUUGGAUUGUCAAAAAGAAUUGGAGCAUCAUCCAAUAUUCAAUCUAAAUUAUUUGGAAGUGUUCCUUAUAUUGAUCCGAAAAUCUUUGGCAAUAACCCAUCACAAAUGUCUUCAUUAAAUGAAAAAAGUGAUGUUUACAGUGUUGGCGUAUUAUUAUGGGAAAUAUCCAGUGGAAAACCUCCUUUUUAUGUUGAAGAUAAAAGUUAUGAUAUUUGCCUGGCUUUGAACAUUUUUCGAGGUCAAAGAGAAACUGUUGUCCCUGGCACACUUGUAAAAUAUGAAAGUAUUUAUACCAAAUGUUGGGAUGGUGAACCAGAUAAUCGUCCAACCAUAAAUGAAGUAGUUGAUUUGUUAAAAGCAAUAAUUACGAAAACAGAAAAUCCUCGAUUAUCGGGCAAAAACUCAAAAUCACGUUCCAUUUCAAGAGUCAAUAAGUCAGAAUCACCAAACUCAAAAGAUUUUAAAUCACGUUCCAUUUCAAGAGUUAAUAAGUUAGAAUCACAAAACUCAAAAGAUUUUAAAUCACGUUCCAUUUCAAGUGUCAAUAAGUCAGAAUCACAAAAUUCAAAAUUUUUUAAAUCACGUUCCAUUUCAAGUGUCAAUAAGUCAGAAUCACAAAAUUCACAAGGAGAAUUAUCUCAAUUUAUUCAAAAUUUUGAUUUAAAUAAUAUAAAAGAAAUUGAUACUAUAGUAGAGUCAAAUAAACCAGAGAAAAUUUCAAUCGAAAGAAAUUUUAACGUAACUGUUGAUGAAACAAAUGAUUUAAUUUUUAAAUCAUUAAAUAAAGGAAUUGAAGCAAAAUUAGUAAAAGAGAAAGUUAUUGAAUAUUUUAAUAAUUCCAAUACUAAAUCAAAAAAAUUUUAUAAUUGGUUAUUAAAUAAUCAAAAUACUUCAAAUUCCAUUUUUUUACUUGGAUAUUUUAAUUACUUUGGAAUUGAAAAAAAUAAAGAUAAUAAGAAAGCAUUUAACUUAUUUAUUAAUGCAUCAGAAAAAGAUCACUUAUUAGCACAAUUUUUUGUUAGUGAAUGUUAUCAAUAUGGAUAUGGAACUAAAAAAGAUAUAAAAAAAGCUUUUAUAUUUUAUGAAAAAGUGGCUAAUAAAGAAUCAGCUAUGGGUCAAGUAUUAAUUGGAUAUUUUUAUGAAAAUGGAAUACUAGGUAUUAAACAAGAUUUAAGAAAGUCUUUAUAUUGGUAUGAAAAAGCUUCAAAUAAUGGAAAUAUAGUAGCAAUGCAUAAUUUAGGUAGAUGUUAUAAAGAUGGAUAUGGUGUUGAAAAAGACUAUAAUAAAGCUUUUGAAUUGUAUAAGCGAUCAGCUGAAGGAGAAUAUUUAGGUGGAAUAGCAAUGUUAGGAUAUUGUUAUUAUAAUGGUAUUGGAACUAAAGUUGAUAAGCGAAAAGCAAUUGAAUUAUAUCGAAAAUCAGCAAAUUCAGGAAAUAUGUUGGCACAAUAUAAUCUUGCAGAUAUAUAUGAACAUGGAAGAGGAAUUACAAAAGAUAUGAACGAAGCAAUUCGUUGGUAUGAAAAAUCUGCCAGUCAAGGAAACCCGGAUGCACAAAAUAAAUUAGAAAUACUUCAAAAAAAGUAA